CGAGAAAGCAAUCACCACUCAGAAUGUCAUCAACAACCUCUCCCAUAACGCCCGCUGCGUUUGCCCUCGCGAUUGCAGAUCUACCUUUGGGCAAUUUACACGCCAAGGCAGCAGAAUUACGUAAUUCCAUUUCGCAUCUUGUCCGGUCCAAUGAGCAGCUCCUCCCCUACGCACAGGACGGAGACACGGACUGCGGGGAUGCGAUUCGGGAAAACGAGGAAGUUAUUGCGCGCAUGGAGACGCGGAUCGAUUUAUUACGACAGGAAGUAGAGAGGAGGGGCUUCAGAUGGGGCGAGUCUGAGGAGGAAGAGCAGGAACUUGCGCGUGAGGCCUUGGAGCCUGGCGAGCAGGGAGCUGAGACUGGACCAGGAGGGCAUCUGAAUGGCGCAGAUUCAGCAGCAGGACGAGAGAAUGAUCUCGAAGCAGCGGCGAGCAGCGGCCCAAAUACUGGAGGCAGAUUGACAGAUGCAGAGCUGCAGAGAAGACUUAUGGAGCAGCUCGAAGCCGCUGGCGGGGAUGACAAUGAAGAAGAGGGCGUCCAUUUGUGACGAGAACAUAUCACUUGAAUUUGACUGUUGUCUGCUCUGAGCGGGAAAAGAUGCGUGAAAGCAUUGUAUUUGCAUGGCAUCGGCGUUGGAAAAUCUUUAUUUUACUUUAGUCAAUCGUCUGAUCAAACGUCUUCUUACCACAAGCUCACGUAUGUGUUUAGCAUUCGCAGAGAUACUCAAUAUUAAUCACAC